AACACAUACAAGUUUACCAUCAUUUUUAUCAAAAACAAAAUCAUUUGAAAUAUCAAAUACAAGUCUAGAAAUUAUUAAUGCACAUACAUUUCGAGCAUGGUCACUUGCAUUGGAAGAAUUAAUUAUUUCUAAUAAUUCAAAUUUUCAAAUAUUUCCGUCAAAUAUUAUUGAUGGUGUAUUAAUGGAAUUACAUAAACUUGAUUUAAGUUAUAAUCCAAUAAAAAUUCUUGAUAUUAAUUAUGAUUGGUUUGCAUAUAGUUAUACAAAAUAUUUAUUAUUACGAAAACAACAACUUGAUCUAUUUCUUAAAACAAAUAUUUUAAAAACUUUACCAUUUUUAGAAAAAAUUGAUUUUUCAAAUGGAUUUAUUAGUGAAAAUAAUGAUGAUUUAAUUAAAAAUUAUUUUCCAAAUAUUUCAAAUUUACAUUCAAUUGAUGUUUCAUAUACAAAUCUUUCUGAAAAUAUGAUUAUUGAUUUACUUACAUCUAUAAGUCAAAUAGCAAAUCAUUUUGUAACUAUUCGUUUAUAUGGUCAUGGAUUAAGUGAUAAAAAUUUUUGUUCUUAUUAUAAAAUAUUUAAAAAUGCACCUAAUCUACUUCAUCUUGAAUUAGAUGAAUCACAUGUCUGUAAUUGUGUUAUUGAUUUAUUCUAUAUGAAUCAAUUUCGACAACUAACCAAUGAUUCUGUAUUACAACCAACAUGUUUAUUUAAUUCAACACGAACAUCUUGUAAUAUUGAAACACAAUUAGCAUUAUCUAAUUGCAAUAUUGGUGGACCGAAUCCUGAUGAAUCGAAUAGUGAUAGUAAAGUUGGAAAUUAUGCAUUUGGUGCUAUUGUAGCUGGAAUAACAGUAGCUGUAUUGGUAUUAUUAUCACUUGGCUUUAGUGUCGUCUAUCAAAUACGACGCCGACGUAAUACCGAUCUUGAUAUGGAACAACCUGUUGAAAAUCCAUUAGCUGCAAUUAUUGAAGAACGUUUACAAAAUAAAUAA